AUGGCGCAACGGUGGGGAGACGUUCUCGAUGAUUCCGAUGAGGAAACAGAAGUAACACAGCAACAACCGACGACCACAGCGGGUGGAUUGGUUAUCCCUCCCACUCACAAGUCUCGCGUUGACAGCAAGGGCAUUCAAAUUGUCACUUCCUAUCGUCAACACCCGGCCAACCCCAAGCAAUUGUUGAAAACGGUCACGAAAAUCCGGGUUACUUCCCAAAAAGUUCGCGAAUCCAAGGCCGUAGCCAUCAGGCGAAAAUGGACCAAGUUUGGAGAUGCCAUCAAGGAUGAGAAUGCGGAAGGUGGACAACGUGCUACUAUUAUCAGUAAGGAGGAUGUCUUUUUGGAAGACCCCAAUGCGGACACUGAUCUCCAAGAGGAAGACGCAACCACUGCCAUUGCUGGAAACUUGAACGAGUUUUGGGCCAAACAACAAAGACGUCAACUUGAACGCAAGUACGAUGUCGGUGAUGCUGAAGGCGGUGCUCAACCUGGAUGGACUCAAGUGGGAAUUGGUGGUGCUGCAGCCAAUCCUGCUGCUGGUGGUAAAUACGUGCCUCCUUCGGCUAGAGGAUUGGCAGCUGGUGUCAAGCCGGAACGACGAACGGAUGAUGUCAACACGAUCCGUGUCACCAACAUUUCUGAGAAUACUACAGAGGCUGAUCUGCAGGAUCUAUUCAAGCCUUUUGGACGUAUCUCUCGUGUGUACUUGGCUAAGGACAAGGAAACUUUGCAGUCGAGAGGUUUUGCCUUUGUCUCGUUUGUCAACAAGCAAGAUGCCGCUCAGGCCAUGGAGAAGCUACAAGGCUUUGGUUACGAUCACUUGAUCCUUAAAUUGGAAUGGGCACGACCCAAUACUCCCAAGGAUCCUGCUACCAGUGGAAACGAAUAUCGAUCCGGUUACGGAAAGGCUCUGGCGCAAGAUACCAAAACAAAAGUCAGUUAUGCUUCCAAUCUUACCAAUUAG